UCAUUCGCUAAGCAACAUUCAACGGGUAAAGACGUUUUAAAUACUUUAGUCGGUUAGUGAUUGAGUUAGAGUUAGUGUGUGAUGAGAACGCGAGUGUUUGGUCUGUAAAAAGAGUAACGGUUUAAACGAGUGUGUUUUUUUAACAAAAAACAUAUAGAGAAAACGAGAGCUUAACUUAAACUUGGCUUAAAGUAGAGUAACAAAAAAACGUUAAGGAAUAAAAUAGAGAGAAAAUAAAGAAAAACAAGUCAAGUGUUUUAAAGUUUUAAUUCAGUGUUUAAAUCUAAAUCUACACUUAACAGCAAACGUCAGAAAGAGAACAAGAAAAUAAAUAAAAUAAACAGCAGCUUUUCUUAGAGUCGCUGCUUUUUUUUACAAAAAUUCCUCUAUUCUUCUAUAAACUGAGAUCAAUUUGUUCGCAUUUUUUUUAUUGUCGGAGACGCAAAGUAACUUAAAGAUACUAUUAGUUCGAAAUUGACUCUCCAAGAAGCAAGAAUCUCAAGCUUAAAUAUAAAAAAGUUUAUUAAGAGUUUCUUUACUUAAACGAAGCAACAAAAAGAAGUAAAAAUCCCAAGCUUAGGGUGUGGUGAGCUUAGAUAUUAUUGUAUAAAAGAAAUCAAUUGAAAUUAAAUUUUCAAUUAUUUUCCACCGUUUUUAAUUAUAUAAUUAAAUAUAAAAAAUACAAAAACAGACAAAAUGUUUACAAGUAGAAAAAAUUUACUUUGCACACAAAUCACAACCACACAAAUGUUCACCUACUUGGUGUUGCUGGUGACAAUGUUGACAUUUAAAGGCGCGCAGGCCCAAAGAACACCAACCAUUUCGUAUAUAACCCAAGAACAGAUUAAGGAUAUUGGGGGUACGGUAGAAUUUGAUUGUUCCGUACAAUAUGCAAAAGAAUAUUCCGUUAUAUGGACAAAAACCGAUGGUGAUUCUGUAUUUCUUUCGACGGGCUCUACUUUAGUUAUAAAAGAUUCUCGCUUCUCGUUGCGUUACGAUCCCAAUUCAUCAACCUAUAAGCUACAAAUUAAAGAUAUUCAAGAGACUGAUGCUGGCACUUACACCUGUCAGGUGGUCAUAUCGGUUGUUCAUAAAGUUACCGCUGAUGUGAAAUUAUCGGUAAGACGUCCCCCUGUUAUAUCUGAUAACUCUACACAAUCUUUGGUCGCCAGCGAAGGCAGUGAAGUACAAAUGGAAUGCUAUGCCAGUGGUUAUCCAACACCAUCAAUUACUUGGCGUCGGGAAAAUAAUGCUAUUUUACCAACUGAUAGCGCUACCUAUGUCGGCAACAUUUUAAAAAUCAAAUCAGUUAAGAAAGAAGAUCGUGGUACUUACUAUUGUGUAGCUGAUAAUGGUGUCUCCGUGGGCGAUCGUCGUAAUAUCAAUUUAGAAGUUGAAUUUGCACCCGUCAUAACAGUACCCCGUCCCCGUUUGGGUCAAGCUUUACAAUACGAUAUGGAUUUGGAGUGUCACAUUGAAGCCUAUCCACCACCAGCCAUCGUCUGGAUGAAGGAUGACAUACAAUUAUCUAACAAUCAACAUUACAGUAUUUCCCAUUUUGCCACUGCCGAUGAAUAUACCGAUUCUACUUUACGUGUAAUUACGAUUGAAAAACGUCAAUACGGUGAUUAUGUCUGCAAGGCUGUUAAUAAAUUGGGUGAAGCUCAGGCACGUGUUAAUCUUUUUGAGACUGUCAUACCAGUAUGUCCUCCUGCCUGUGGUCAGGCGUAUUAUGGUGAUGCUGAACGUGUAGCUGCCACUUCUCUGGCAACAUUAGCUAUUCUAUUGACAGCUUUAUAUGCCAGAUAAACGAUUUUAGUUUAGUACUUUCCUGAAAAUGUAGCCAGUGAUUAAAAUAUGCCGCAUUUUAAAAAGGAUAACUAAAAUACAUAUUUAAAUCAUAAUAGUUUAUGUAAAAUUUUCUUAUCUAAAGAGAAUUUUGCAUAAAACUCUUAAACAUUCCAAAAUAAAACAAAAAAAAUCCUUAUUUUUUUAAAUACCUAAAAUUAGGAUUCUUUUUUUUCUAUUUUCAUACGUCCAUUUUUUUAAGUUAAAAAACUAAACGUAAAAAGAUUUUAAUGAAAAUAAAAACGUUUAAUUAACCCUUAACCCGUCCGUUAAUAAAUACAACUCU